GGGGGCUAUUGAAAAGGUUAAUAAAGGAAUAACAUGCAAUUUUUAUUUGCUUUAAGAAGAUAAUGGAAAAUGUCUCUUAUAGUUGUAAUUUAUUUUAGAGAAAAAUAAUUUAUUUUAUUGAUUUCAGAACACAAUAAAGCAGACAACAGUGAAGACUAACAUCUCAUUUUAUGAUCAGAUAUUACUUUGGAAAAUAAGUGUAUUUUAAUACAAAUGUAUUUGCUUUUCAAGAAGGAACUAUUCAAAAGGGAACAUAAACAUGAACAAACUUACUUAAAAGUUUUAGUUCCUCUCUUUUUGCAUAUAUAACAACCUUUAAUUGGAUCUUUACUGGUUUCAAGUUCAGACCAACAGUAACUAGAGACAAUCUUUCGAUCCCUCUGGCCUUAAAGUCACUUAAAGCAGGCUCACGUGUCCGUGUAUUGGACAAUUUUCAACAGCGGUACAAAGGACUGUCCUCAGUGGGCUCUGCAAGCGAGAAUGAAGGCACAGUGGUUUCCUUUCAGAGAGACGAACUUAGAAACAGGCCAGGACUCCUGCACUUAGUGAAAAGAAAGGUAAUAAACAGUUUCUAAAGUGUCACUUUAGGAAUAUGCUUAAGUAUGUUUGUGUUGUAACUAUUGGAUGAAAAAAAGCCGACAUUUUAAAUCCAGAAAUUAGUGUCAAAACAGGUUUUUCUUUUAAAGAGUUUAAAGCCAAUUAGCAUUUAAACACAUUAUCAAUAUAGACGUUGUUUAUAAUAAUACAGACAUUUUUUGGUCGCUAUUUUAUUUAAAAAAUAAUUAUCACCCACCCCCUACUUUUCUCCUUUUAUUCUCUGAAUGAAAGCUGUGCAGCCCCCACCUCUGACAAGCAUCACAAGCUGAGGUCCCUGUUCCAAAAGUCUAAUCUUACCUGCAGUCUGGAGAGUGUGGGAAACAGACUGUCAGCGAAACAUGGGAUCUAUUUCUUGAACUUCAAAUGGUAGUAACACAUACGGAAUAAAAAUUGCAGUAAACAAACUUUAAAAUGGACUAUACUGGACAACUAAAGACAAACUUGAUCAUAUUGUUACAUGCUCUGAUUUUCAAACCUGUAUACUCACAUGUAAAUCUACCUAAUGCAAGUACUGGGAGGGGGAUUGUGGAUGUUGAAGGGCAGCUUAUGGUUCCCUCCUGGUAUCAUGCAUCUGUUGAUCCUGAGGGAAAGCAUGGCACUGUCAGCCCCCACUCCUAUAACAGAUGGCGGACCCAGAUGGAUUUCCAUAAAACUGUUUAUUCAUUCCAAGUAAAAGAAGACACAGUACCAGGAACGGUUGUAGGAAAAGUGGAAUCCCAGUUUGAAAGUCUCAGGCCUCUCACAUUGUCAGUUCAGGAGGACGACGGUGACAACCUAUUCCUCCUCAACCCCAUCUCUGGAGAGUUCCUAUUAUCUCGCAGCCUGGACUUUGAAACACAAAGGUUUUACAUUCUCACAGUGGAGCUGCAACAGGGGGACUCACAGGUGUCCAGUGUCAGAGUUUACUUCAAUGUGCUGGAUGUGAAUGACAACCCCCCUGUUUUCAGUCAGGAAAGCUUAACUGUGUCUCUGCUGGAGGACUCAGCCACAGGGACAUGCUUCCUGUCAUUAAACGUGACUGAUAAGGAUGAAGGUGAAAAUGGUGAAGUAAAACUGAGAUUGGUCAGUGGUGAUGAAGAAAGCACCUUCUAUGUUCAAUCAACAGGAAAUUUAUGUCUAAGUAAAGAUUUAGACAGAGAGAGACAACCCUUCUACAAUCUCACAGUAAUGGCAAAUGACUGUGCUCAACCUGUGCCAUUACAGCUCACCACCACAGCAAAUAUCUUUGUUAUAGUUGAAGAUGUCAAUGAUAAUCCUCCGCUGUUUGUGUCUGCCCGAAGCGUUAGUAUACCAGAAGAUACAGUAUUACAAAGUGUUAUAAUGACAGUACGUGCUGAGGAUAAAGAUGUUGGACUCAACGGUGAGGUUUGGUACCAUCUCAGCAAAACUCACAACGGUGCAUUCAGCAUCAACAACACAAAUGGAAAUGUAUACCUGGAACAGAUGUUGGACAGAGAGUUGGAAGAUACGCUAAUAAUAACUAUAACUGCCACUGAUAAAGGCUCCCCUCAAAUGACAAGUACAAUGAACUUCACAUUGUACAUUGAGGAUAUCAAUGACAAUGACCCUCAACUGCUAGAAAGCAACUAUAGCCUGUCUGUCAGAGAGGAUAUCUCCAGGGGGACAAGCUUGUUUCGCGUUCAAGCUCAUGAUCAAGAUAUUGGACACAAUGGACAAAUCCGGUACAUGCUGACUCCUGCUGGUCCAUUUGUAGUGGAUGCAGUUCGAGGUGUUGUGUCUGUCAUGGCACCACUUGACAGAGAAAAAGCCUCCAAUUACAGCUUCAUAAUAAAAGUUGUAGAUCAAGGGACUGUACCUAGAUCUACUACUGCAUCUGUUCGCAUCACCGUGUUGGAUAUCAACGAUUUUGCACCGCAUUUUGUACCUCAGACAAUCAUCAUUCAUGUCAAGGAGAAUGAGGAAGAGCUUUCUCAGCUAACAAAGCAGGUCGCGGCUGUGGAUGAAGAUCUUGGCAUGAAUAGUCAACUUACAUACUUCUUGGAGAAAGGAGAUAGGGGUUUAUUCUCCAUCUCUUCAGAUGGUGUGUUUCAUAUCUUACACAGCCUUGACAGGGAGAAACAGUCUCUAUACAUUGUCACCAUCACUGCUGUUGAUUCAGGAAUACCACCGUUGACGGGCACUUUGACAAUUCAAGUCAUGGUGGAGGAUGUCAACGAUAACUAUCCAGAGUUCACAGAGGAAGUCUAUCACACCAUAGUGGUUGAAGACAGUCCUGAAGGCACAGUGUUUGCCAUGAUUACUGCAUCUGAUGCAGAUGAAGGUGUGAGCGGGCAAAUCAGGUAUUUCAUAGAAGACCUCGAAGUACCUUUCGCCAUUGGAGAAACUACUGGAGAACUAUUUACAACUAAUCUUCUGGACAGAGAGGCUGUCUCCAUUUACAUAUUGACAUUGAUUGCCUGUGAUGAGCAUCCCACUCAGCCUUUGUCAAGCUCUGUGCUUGUUACAGUGCUUAUUGGAGAUAUAAAUGACCACUGGCCUCAGUUUAAGAACAGCCCCUAUGUGACCUAUGUGCCCACUGUGUUGGCUCCAGGUUCUGUUAUUUGUGCAGUGAAAGCAACAGAUGAAGACACAGAGAUGAACGCAGAACUGCAUUAUUCUCUGUCUGGACACAAUUCUGAUUUAUUUUUUAUAGAACCCAGCGGGACUCUUUUUACUUUAAGUACAAUACAAAACAUGGAAGACAUCGUGAUCACUGUUCAUGUGGAAGAUAAUGGAGAAAAUCCUAAAUCUGACACCACAACUGUCAGUGUCCGGUUUCAAAACAUCUCUGACUUUCCAGAAAUGAAAGUGGAUGUUCUAAGUUCUUCUCUCUCUGAGGAUGAGCCAGUGGGGGCUCUAGUGGCUUUAGUUUCUGCGGUGAGCAUCAGAGCAGAACCCAUUUCUCUAUACAUUGCUGCUGGAAACUUUGAAGAUAUCUUUCAUGUGGACCAGUCCAGUGGAGCCCUGACAUUGGAAAAGUCUCUAGAUUACGAAAACAGACAAGAGUUUACUUUGUUGAUUGAAGCUAGAGACUCUGGCUCCCCCCCAUUCUCAUCUUUUUUAGAAGUUCAUCUUAAUGUUACUGAUGUGAAUGAUAAUUACCCCCAGUUCACUCAAGCAGAAUACAGGUGUGAGAUUUUCGAGAAUUUAGCACCAUCAACAGUUUGUGAGGUUUUUGCCAUUGAUGCAGAUUCCCUCAGUUUCAGUGCAGUGAGGUACGGGAUAAUUGAAGGAAACGACGAGGAAUAUUUCACCAUUGAUCCUGAUAAUGGUCUACUGAGCACCACUGUAAGUUUAGAUCGAGAAACCAUUGCUGUAUACACUUUAACAGUUGAAGCUGUGGAGUCUGACAAUCCGCUUCAUAAAGACACAGCAAAAAUCAUCCUACUCAUUUUAGACAAAAAUGACAAUGCACCUCAAUUCCCUCAGACAUAUUUUGCUCAGGUGUCUGAAGAUGUUCCUGUUGGACACACAGUUAUACAAGUCACUUCAACUGAUGACGACUCUAAUUCAGUAAUUACUUACUCCAUGGUUGGACAAAGUGAGGCUGCACCUUUCAGUAUCAAUUUCAGAACUGGAUGGAUAACUGUUGAAACACUUUUGGAUAGGGAAGCACAAGAUCACUAUAUUUUAAAAAUACAUGCAAGUGAUUCAGCGUGGAGUGUCAGCGCCAAUGUAACCAUUAUCAUUUCAGAUGUCAAUGAUAACAGCCCAAAAUUUAUUGAUCACAUUUUUACUGCUGUUCUCACUGAAACAAAAGAAAAAGAUACAUUUGUUUUGCAAGUUGUUGCUACAGAUGCUGACAUAGGAAAAAACAGUGACAUUUUCUACAUAAUUGAUCCUCCUAGUGAAGAAUUUUGGAUCAACUCUUCCUCUGGAGUUAUUUUUUCUCAACAGACCCUUCUUCUGCAUCAUUCUCAUUUCAAAGUGUUCCAGUUUACAGUGCUUGCUUUUGACUGUGGCAGAGUUUCUCAUUCCAGUAAUGCAACUGUCGAAGUGAGAUUAGAAAAAGUAAACCACCACCCACCGGUGUUCUGGCCCAUUCCACCUUUGAUUGCCAUUCCAUCUCACUUGCCAGUGGGAACUGAGAUAAUACAGCUUAUUGCAACAGAUCUUGAUGUCAAUGGUAGUGCUAGCAUUGAGUAUUAUUUACAAGGAGGUAAUGCAUCGGAUUUCUUUUGGAUCGAGUCUGGUAGUGGCCGUGUAUUUUUAACUCAAACUUUAGCAGGCAGAGAAAACUCAGUCCUUUGUUUGUUUGUUAUUGCUGUAGAUCAGGGAUUCCCCCCUUUAACAUCACAAACUAAAAUUACUUUUGAUGUUACUGAGAUAAAUCGGUUUUCUCCAAGCUUCAGUGAACCAGAUGUGACUUUUUUAGUUCCUGAGGACAUGCCUGUGGGAUCAGUGAUUGGGAGAAUUCAAGCAGAAGAUAGGGACUAUGGCCAUAAUGGUGCAAUUAUAUACCAUGUUGUCCAUGAAUUUCGCGAUUCACCAAUGUCUGUUGGGGAAACUUCUGGCCUGUUAACACUUGAUGUGGAGCUCGACUUUGAAAAAGAAAGAAUGUAUAAUUUCCAUAUCAAAGCUGCAGAUGGGGGCUGGAUCUCUAAAACGAGCAUCUUAAAUGUAACAUUGUUAGUUACGGACAUAAAUGAUAAUGCUCCACUCUUUUUACUCUCAGAGUACACAGCACUGGUGCCUGAAAAUUCAGAAAUUGGGACGGCUGUACUCAGUGCAAUAGCUACUGACAUGGAUUCUGGUACAAAUGCACAAAUAUCUUACUCCCUUGUUGCUGGCCAUGUAAAUAAAUUUUCCAUUGAUGAAGAAAAUGGUACCAUCAAGACCCUGGAGGUUUUUGAUUUUGAGAUGGAACAGAUGUUUGAUUUAACAGUCAAAGCAUCAAACCCUGGACGGCAUGCUUUAUUUUCUUUAGCUCAUGUAGUUAUUCAGGUUAAAGAUGUCAAUGAGUUUAUCCCAAUGUUUGGUAAAGAAGAAUUUCACUUUUCGGUUCUUAGCAAUGUGCCUAUUGGAACUCAGGUUGGGAAUGUGACAGCAGUAGAUUAUGACCAAGGAUCCGAAGGUCAGGUGUUCUAUUUAAUUUUUGGACACAGCAGAAAUAGAGGGUUUGACAUUGAUAGUCGUUCUGGAAAAAUAUACACAAGUAGCAGUUUGAGGAAGCAAGGGAGUGAUGAAGUGGUUUUGAAAGUUUUGGCAAAGAACUCUGGUGUCAUUACAGGUGUGGAUGAAGAUGAGACUUUGGUCCAUGUCAGUGUGAUUGACAUAAAUGAAGCACCUGUAUUUACGUCCCCAUGCUAUAGUGCAAAUGUGACAGAAGAUAGCCCACCUGGAGCCUCUGUGCUUACCGUGAGUGCAUCCGAUCUGGACUCCAUAUUAGACUGGAAUCAUUUCUUCUUCAGUAUAGAAAAUGGAAACUCAAAUUUAUCUUUUGCAAUAGAUCCCCUUAGUGGAGUUAUUUCAGUAAACUCUCACCUUGAUAGAGAACUUUGGUCAAUAUAUAACUUGACUGUUGCAGCCAUUGAUAAUGGUUCCCCUCCAGCGACUGGGACAACAAAUGUCAUUGUAACUAUUAGGGAUGUCAACGACAAUGCUCCGAUACUGACAUCAACUGAGGCCCAGGUGAUGGAAAACCAACCAGAAGGCACCGUUGUUACUAGACUAAAUGCAUUUGACUCAGAUUUACCACCAAAUCAAGGCCCCUUUACCUACUGGUUAUUAAAUCAAUCAUCAAGCAGUGCAUUUUUACUCACUGCUGAUGGAGUUUUACUUACCACCAAGAGUCUCGAUCGAGAGCGUAUUUCUGCAUAUCGAAUCCUUGUUGUUGUUGAAGAUGCAGGAUUUCCAAUGCCACUAUCUUCAACUACAGCAAUUCACAUCAAAGUAUUGGAUGAAAAUGAUAAUCCUCCAUUGCCAAGAAACAUUUUUAUAGAAGUGAAAUAUUUUGGUAGUUCUUUCCAAGGCGGAAUGAUUGGUAACGUUCAUCCAGAGGAUCAUGAUGAGUUUGACACCUUUAGCUGUGUCAUAAGAAAUGGGCCAGUUAACAUGUUUUCAAUACCUAAUGGAACGUGUGAGCUUUGGUCAUCCCCGUUUCAGGGGGAGGCCACAUUUAAUGUCACUGUUGAGGCUGCAGAUGAACUUCAGUUCACAGUAAACAACAGUAUCUAUGUGAAUUACAAAGGUUUUACAAAUGCUUCGAUCAACAGCUGUAUUUUGUUUUACGUAUCACUGUCCUCAAUGGAGGAAUUUUUGUCUAGUAAGUAUCUGAGAUUUGUCAAAGCUCUUGACAGUCUGUUCAACCUGCAGGCCUCAAAGACUCAUGUGUUUGGGAUCAAACAGAUUGGCAAAGAAAUCCUUUUGUUAGCUGCAGUGAAAAAUUACAAUGGACAAUAUCUUAGCAAAGAGGUAGCAAGUGGUAUAUCUACAGGACACAAGAAGUCACUUGAGGCUCAGAGCAAUGUGACUAUUUCUCACAUUACCAGUGAUCCAUGCAUCACCAACCCCUGUCAGAACAAGGCGACAUGCAGCAAAAACAUUUACAUCAGCCAGGAGGUUGCUGUUCUGGAAAGCAUGGCUGUCAUCUUUGUGUCACCACAAAAAGAAAUCUUCAACUGUACCUGUCCAAGUGGCUUCUCUGGGUCAUUCUGUGAAGACGACAUUGAUGAAUGCGAGGUGAAUCCUUGUAAGAAUAAUGGCACCUGUGAGAAUACAGCAGGAGGUUUUAUCUGCCACUGCCCAGCUGGUUUCUCUGGGACCUUUUGCUCUGCUGAUGUUGAUGAAUGUUUGAGGGUCAAGUGCCAGAAUGGUGGAACUUGUGUUGCCUCAGACAAUGGCUCUUACUGUCACUGUGUACCUGGCUUUGAAGGAGAAAUUUGCGAGAAGCCUGUUGACCACUGCAGAUCAACUCCAUGUGUAGAGGGCACUUGCAUCAAUCUAUCCACUGGAUUCUUCUGUAAUUGUCCCUUUGGAGUCAGUGGAGUCCACUGUGAGGAGCACAGCUAUGGCUUUGAAGAGCUGUCGUUCAUGGAGUUUCCACCCCUAGAUCGCAGAACUAAUUUAAUCUAUAUUGAGUUUGCCACAGUGCAAAAAAACGCACUCAUCCUGUACAAUCCUGGGGGAUCUUGGAGUAGGGAUUUCUUUGCACUGGAAAUUGUUGAAGGAAGCAUGCAGCUCUCCUAUGAUCUGGGCUCAGGACCUGUGAAGCUGAAGACGCAUAAACAUAUUUCAGAUGGUUUUUUUCACAGUGUGACUGCCAGAAGGAUUGGCAAUAUGGGUUCUUUGCUCGUGGACAACUGCACAGAUGUUAUUAAAAGUGGAUUUUGUUUUUCAAAGAGUGAGGGCACAAUCUCUGAAAGAACACUUGAUGUUGGCAACAAUAAUAUGACGUUUGGAGGACUCAGGACCCUUGAAUCCAUUUUACUGCAUCCCAAUCAGAUUAAAAGCCAUGACUUUGUUGGAUGCAUUCGACAUGUUCAUAUUAAUGGCAUCCUGCUGAGACCGUCUAUGGCCCUGGCAGCUUUUAACAUCUUUGACAGAUGUACUCGAGUAUCGGGAUCAGCCUGCGACAAUGUCCCGUGCAAAAAUGGCGGUGUGUGCCAUGACUUUUGGUCUGACUAUCUCUGUGAUUGCCAAAGUCCUUUUGGUGGAAUAAACUGUGCCACAGUAAUGUCAGAGAAUAUGGUGAUGCAGUUCAGCAAGAGAGACUACGUUGAGUAUGUUGUUAAAGAGAGAUUCAAGAGAGAUUACCUGCUGAAAGGGUUGGUGGAUGAAAAAAAGGCAAACGGCACAAACCAAACAGAGAUUACUAUUAAAUUCAAAACCAAAGAAGAUGAUGGAGUGUUGUUCCUUGUCCUUGGACAGAAGUCAGACAUAACGCUCAUGAUAAGAGAAAAAAAGCCAGUGUAUGUGUUCAAAGAUAGAUCGUCUGGAUUUGUGUCAGAGUUCACUGCAGACCUCCAGGUGGCUGAUGGGGUGUGGCAUGUCCUCACAUUGUCCAGUGGUGGGCACAGCUCCUCUCUGUCUGUAGACAACAAACUAGUCUUUAACAGCACAGAAAGAAGCAUGGAUCUCACCCCCAUCAAUGUGGAAAAGAUCAUUGUUGGUGCAGCUCCUACAAGAGAACCCCACCUGGAACAACUAGGUUUCAGUGGAUGUGUGCAGUAUUUCAACGUAACUGGAUACAAUCUGCCAAUCAGUGGACGCAGUACAACAGUAGGGGUUUGGCCAAGCUCGACUCUGUCCCAGCCUAGCUGCGGCUCUUCAGGUGUUUGUCUGCCCUCAUCUUGCUCUAAGGAGAACUCUGGUGGGCGAACACGGUUGAUGUGCGGACCUAAUGUACAGAACAGGUCCUGCAUCUGCUUACGUAAUGUUUCAAAACACGUCUGCGAUAUUUGUACCUCUACAGCCCGUGAUCAGUGCCCUGAAAAGCAGCGUGGUAACAAACCCAUUUGGAUCACAGUUGUGGUUCUUCCUCUAAUCCUGAUCCUGGUAAUCGCUGUAAAGUGUGUGAGCAUUAAUAGAGUGAGGCAUUACAAGAGAGAGUGCAAGGAGCAAGGAAAAGCAAACAUAGCUAUUUGUUUGGAUGAUGGUACAGACAAAGAAAACUCUCAUGACCCUCAGAAAGCAGAGCCCAUUCCUCUGAGUGAGCUGGAGUACUACGAAACUAACAGCAUCUGCAGUGCAUUUCGUUUGCAUAAUUUUAGUUGGCGCAGUCACGUAAGCACCGGAAAUCCUGUGAAUGCCGAAUGCAAGCAUUGGAGGAGUCUAAGAUUACUGUUGGCAGGAUUUAGGAAAGGCAAUAACUCCAAAAAGUCUCAAAAUGUUCCUUCCUUUGACAAGCAGCGCCCUGACCUUGAAACAGCACAUCUGCAGACGAUAAAGAGGUUCCCUCAAUCGGAGAUCCUGAAGCCAAUACAAUGCCUAAGUUAUGAGGAAAUCUGCAAACUGAACGCUCCUCCAGAUCUGACGGCGUCACAUCAAACAUCGCAGCAUAAAACACUACUGAAAUCCACAAUAAGAAGGGAAACCUCAUCUAGAAGUGUAGCAGACAUCCCAUUUAUCUGUUCAGAGUCUGAACACGGACGGUUGGAUGUCACUGCUGGAAAAAAGUACAUGCAUGAGCAGCCAUCUUUGUCUGAGCACACAGAGAGGCAAGAAGUCAACCCACCUGUCAAGUCACCCUCUCUGCAAACAGGCCAGUCUGCUGCAGAUCAGGAGAAAACCGUGAGAAAUCUAACCACUGUAGUUGAAGAGUGGGUGAAUAUUUUGAAUUCAAAUCUACCGUUUAAUAGCUAUGUGCCGGUAUUUGAGGAUAUUGCAUGUUUACCUUCUGAAUUUUGUUAUAGUGACCCAGAAGAAAUUAUUUAGAUGGUCUUUCACUUUGGUUUGUUAAAAAACUUUUUCUUGUAUCAAACUAAACACAACUCUAGAGUUUUAAGACAGAAUGAUAAAAGUAAAUACAAUUCUAAAAAAUAAUAUGGUCCUUGCCAUCAGUACCUGAUGCUGCGGGCCAUAAUGACACCCAAAUAUGUGUUGUGACUUAUUGUUAGAAAUACAGUUCUUUUUACUAUAAAUGUAUUGUCUGAAAUUUUUGUAUGAGAAAAAAAAAUCAAUUACUUUAAAUUCAUUACAUUUUACAUUACUCAAAGAAAGUUUUAGUUAAUUAAAAAAUAGCCCAUUAUUAUUUAAUAUUAGUAUUUAAAAUGAACAAUUUUCACUUAGAGAAAACAUGUAAAACUUACAGCAUAUGUUAAUGUAUGGAUUUUAAGUUUUUAUUAUUAUUUUUUUGCUUAAAUUAUAUGGGUUUUUGCAUUUAUACUGAUUUAUUAUCAUAUAUAUGGAUCAGAUCAUAAAACACUAAAAGUCAAUAACAUACUUUUUUUAAGGAAAAAAAUAUACACUUUGUUAUGAGACCUAUUGUAUGUCAAGAGAAGACACAAACACAUUUUUUGUCAUCUUUUUCAUUUAUUUUCUUGCUUAGCUGUUACAAGUUAUAAUGAGAUCAUUGCAUUUACUUUAGCUCCUUUCAUCUUUGUGAAAGUGAUAGUGGUAUAAAAUACUCUAACAAUAGGAAAUGAGAAAACAUUUUCAGUGAAAAGUUAGGCUAUUUUUUCUAGUUUUCAGUGGGGGUGAAGGGUGGGGUAUAUGUUAUACAUGGCAGGUGCUAAAGAGGGAGAGAGGAAGCAAGUGUGAGAUGCACAAAUGUUGCAGUUAUCAAUUUAUGAAGCUUUUUUACUCAAAAAACAAACAUAUGAGUUUAUUCCCUUUAUAAAAGUCUUCAUCGUGUUUUUUUUUUCACUUCAACUGAAGAACAUCCUGUAACAAAUAGAAGGAAACUCCAAACCAGAAUAACAGCAUUUAAAUCAGGAAAAGAAGAUUAAACCGUUAUCAUGCUGAAACCACAGUUAAACAAAAAUAACAGCAUUGGUCUUGUAAAACUUGAAAAAAAUUCCCUGUUUCCUGUUGCAAUUUCCUCACAAUAGUUGUGUUUCUUCUCAGUACUUGUGUCCUUGCUUAGUGUUGCUUUUAAGGGCCAUAUUUAUUUUCCUACUUUUAAACCUUUUUAUCAAAGCUGCUUUAAUGUCUGCAGUCUUGAGGCAAUAUAUGAGAGGAUUAACUGCAGCAGGGAUGAGGCUGUACAACAGGGCGAUUAUUAUCCGGGCAUCAGGACUGACUUUUACUUUCAAAUUGUCAGUAAUGUAUACAACACAUCUGGGCACGUAGUAAAGACAUGUGGUUAGGAUCUGAGGUGCACAGGUGGACAGCACUUUGCGAUAUCCCUCAGUGUUCGACAUUUUCAGAACAGCUAUGAUGAUGGAAAAAUAGGAGAAAAUGAUGAAUGACAAGGGAAACAAGAGGGUCACCAUUGCGUUUGCGAAAGCAACCUCUUGGACAAAUGCAACAUUUUCGCCACAUGCCAACUUAGUUACUGAUGCGUGAUCACAGUAACAUUGUGAUACCCUUAUAUCACAGAAGGAUAAAGAGGAGGCAUGCAGCACAAUCCCCAUCAUCCGAAUGAAUGUUAAAGUCCAGCACAAGCUGCAAGCGAUAGAAGUUGUUUUGUUGGUGAUUACGGCUGGGUAUCUCAACGGAAACCAAACGGCAACGAAGCGAUCCAAAGCCAUGACCAGCAAAAUGAAGGAAUGGAUUGCUCCUAAAGAAUGGACAAAAAACAUUUGUGCAAAGCAGGUUGUGAAUGGCGUUAUCAUGUCGUUCCACCAAUAUCGGGCGAUGAUUUUUGGGAUGGUCAAAGUGCCAAAUAUGACGUCAGUCAUUGCAAGGUGCGCAAAGAUCAAAUACGAUGGCUUAUGGAGGACCCUCUCAAAUAUAAUGACAGCUAAAAUGAAAAUAUUCCCAAACAAAAUAAUGAUAUAAACAACCAGAAACACAAACGAUGCAAGUCCAUAAUAUUCAGGUAAAAGUCCUGGAAUACCAAGGAUAAUGAAAUCUUUUACCUUUGUAACAUUGACAGAUAUCAUUAUCAUGUACACAGACAAAAUAUCUUCAAACUAAAUGGUCAAAAAUAUUAAUCCCAGAAAACAAGGUGAUUUAAUUUUCAAUGUGGAUGAGUACCAGAAAUUAAACCCAAAAACACCAAUAUUUCUUUUUUUGCUCCAUGAGUUCCAACAAUAAUUACCUUCCCCAGUCUAUCCAAGUGUUAACUUUCAGUUAGUCAAACUUUAUCUUAGAGCUUAUUCUCCUUUAGUGACUCACAUGAUGUAUGAAGCCUUUAUAAUCAUUGAGUCUGUUCUAAUGAUGUGUUUGGAGAUAAAAACCCUCAGGAACCCAGUCCCAUGUGUGCUAAAGACAAAGUUAACUAUCUCUCUGUGAACUUCAUGACACAUGAAAACAGUGGAAGUUUUUAUUGUAAAUACCUAGUUUGCCUAAAUAUAAUUUUAGGCUGUAAAAAAAUGAGCAAAAAAAUAUCUUUUUUGUGAAAAACGUUGCUUCAACUCUUAAUCUGUGUGAA